CUGCCCAUUUAAGAUGUGAUCAGGGUCUUAUUUUAAGCCUUUUACUUUGAUGGACCCCUCUGUGCCUGAGGAUUACAAGCAGGUUGCUGGUGCUGCCAUGGUUCUGGGAGCAGAAGAGACAGUCAUGCAGCCUCUCGCUGGUCUGGCCAAGGUUAGAGUUUUGCUUCCUGGUGGGAUAAAGCCGGAGGAGUUAGUAGCAUUUGGACGGUUCCCUAACACUCGGGAUCCUCAACCCAUGGAGUGUCCUGUGAAAGAUGCAGCCGAGCCAGGUGACUGUCGCAGAAGGUUGUCCAUGUUGUCCUUGUGUGACCCUCAGGAGAGUGCGGUGAAUGACUCCUCUGUGCAUUCUGAUCAGCAUGGUGAAUAUGAAGAUUCAAGCUGUGGUUCUAUAGUUAAUAAAAGAGUUGCCGACACCUCCCUAGAGACACCGCGUCUCAAAAGGAGACGAGGGCGACAACCUAAACUAAGUUCAAGCUCUUCUCCAUCCCCUGCUACUCCUGUGCCUGUCCCAGUGCCACCUUGUCUGCCUACAUCUCUGAAAACCAGUCCUGCGUCUGUAUUAACCCCAUCCACAAAGGUGGCAAAAAGACAAGGACGCAAGUCAAGGGCGGAACCUCCAUCACCAUCUGCUUCUGUGCCUGGUCUGCUUCACCCUGGUCUGUCUGCGGCUCUGGCGAGUAGGCCUUGUGCUACUUCUCUACUAACACCACCUGUAAAUGUUGCAAAAAAACGAGGACGCAGGUCCAAGUCUGAACUAUUAUCACCUGCUACUCCAGUGUCUGUUGUGCUGACGCCUUGUCUGUCUCCUUCUCAGGAGAACAGUGCUUCUACUCAGUUAACCUUACCUAUAAAGCUGCCAAAGAAGCGACAGCGCAAGUCUAAUACUGAGUUUUCGUCCGUUGUUACACCCGUGUCUGUUGAACUGACACAAUUUCUACCUGCUUCUAUGGACAAAAGUAGCCCUACUGCCUCUCCACGAACUCCCUCUGUGAAGAUACCAAAAAAACAAAGGGGCAAGUUUAAGGCUAAACUUCUGUCUCCAAAUUUCCCACCAUCCCCUACUACCCCUGCUUCUGUUCUUCUGCCAUCAUGUCCUCCUUCUCCAGUGAAAAGUCCUCAAGCCACUUCUCUUCUAACCCCGCCUGUGAGAAAGCGAGGUCGUAAGACCAAGGCUGAACUUCUCAUCCUUCGUUUAGCAGAGGAAGCUCAGGAAAAUCAGGCUCCAGUAAACACAUUUGUCCUCAGAGAAGAAGACGAGUGCACAGAGACCACACCAGGUGGGCGCCCAAGGAGACGGGCAGCUAAAGUAGCCUUGCGUUACCUGCACGAUCUAGCUGACCAGCUGUCUUCAUCUGGUUUAUCCUCUCCCACAAAACCCAGUGAACCUGAAGAGGGGUCUGUGAAAAAGAAACGAAGGAAAAGAAAAAGAGAUGAAGAUGAAGAGGAUUCAGACUUUGUUGUAUCUGAGGAUGUUCUAAGAUCAGUAGAGAAAGAAGAGGAAGAAGAGGAGGCGGAGUGUGAAAGGCUGAGUGAUGUGUCUGACGGUGAUCUGAGGAGCCACAGGAGAGCAAGCUCCCCCUCUGAGUUUUCUCCCAAGAGCAGCCCCCAGAAUAAAGGACAGGCUGCUAAUGGCUUUCAGAAUUCCAUCAUGGCACCGGUGUGGAGAGCUGCAGAGAUCACAAACAGUUUUCGGGAUGUAAAUUACUCUAGCUGGGAGUUUCCGGACUGGAUCCCAAGUGUUGAGAGCUGGAAAUUCCUUUCUUUGAGGGAGGCUGAAGCGUACAUGCCCCUGCUCGCCACUUCCCCGCCAUUUACCAUACAUAGAGAAGGGAUACAAGGAUGUGCUGUUAAGCACACACUAAAUAGCUGUGGCACAGAAGCUGCCUUCUCCUACGGUUUAGCUACAGACCAUGGUUGCAUCUGGGAUCUGAAAUUCUGUCCAAGCGGGGGUUGGGAGCUGCCCGGCACUUCCAGGAAGAGCUCACACAUGUCUCGGCUUGGGCUCCUGGCUGCCGCCUUCUCCAGCGGCCACGUAGAGAUCUACAGCCUUCCUCAUCCUGAGUCACUGUACUCCUACCGGAGCACACAGGUAAAAGAUCCAGAAUCCAGAGGGCACUCCAUAUGCAGGGUUGACUGUGUUGUACGACUACAGGUGGGUUCAAUUAAAGCCUGUGACCCUGAAGAAAGUGGGCAGUGUUUCACUGUAGCGUGGCACCCUACCAAGCCCCAUCAGUACCUGGCUGCAGGAUUCUAUAAUGGCACCGUUUCUAUCUGGGAUCUGAAGACCAAGUCGGUCUUACAGAGGGUUCGCCAGGGUCGGGUGAUCAAGCAGUACCCGUUUCACAGUUUCUUCGCACAUGACCAUGCUGUUCGUUGUAUAGAAUGGUGCAAAGCAGACAGUAAUUUCCUGGUGACCAGCGGUAAUGACCGGAGGUUGAAGUUCUGGGACUUUCGACGUCUCUAUGAACCAAUUAAUAACAUCAAACGCUACCACAGCACAGAGAUUAGCUGGCUGCUUCCUUAUUGCGGUGUGACUGUGGCUCAGGAUAACUGUUACGCAUCAUUUGGGCUGUGUGGGAUCCAUUACGUGGACUCUGGCUUUUUGGAAUGCAAACCUUACUUUAUGGCACCACGGAAAGGAACUGUAUGGUCUAUCUCUGGCUCUGAUUGGCUCAGCACUGUCACAGCAGGGGACAUGAACGGAGAAGUAAUGGUCGUGGUGCUGCCAAAUGUGAAUGUAAACUAUUUAAACAUGAAGAAGCCGUCCGAACGCAGAUUUCCCAUCUACAAAGCAGACUUUGUGCCGCGUGCCCCAGACUCACCGGAGUCCCCACACCAUGGUACAGAAAUGCCUGAUGGAUCCCUAGCCGAUAGCAGUGAGUGGGAGCACUUUAAACCCAAAUCCUUCCGGGCAGCCAUCGGACGUUUCAGCCUAAUGUUUAGCGACAUGAACCUGAGACAUUUCCAGCGUUUGCCUAACCGAGAGCUUGUGAAGAGAAUGAAGAUAAACGAGACAAAGAGGGACGUGAACAUGGAGCGUGUGCAGCUGGAGUCCAUUCACAAGGUGCGUUUUAACCCAAAUCUGGAUUCCUAUGCAUGGGUGGCCUCUGGCGGUCAUUCAGGACUUGUUCGAGUACAUUGUUUGCAAGGACUCGUCUCCCCUGCAGGGUGUAAGUUAAUUGAGGAAAAGAGAGCCCAGUUCAGAGCCAUGUAUGAAGAGACUUACACCGUGGGAGAGUCGGAGUACAGCCCCGAGGUGCACCAUUGUGUCGUGCAAGUGUAGGACUACAACACAGACAUUUAAUCCGGUGCUAGCUCAGACUCAAGUUGCAAAGAAAACAGCUUCCAUGUGACUCUCUCCUUGAGUUCCUGCCGCACAAGACCAGAUUAUUGGUCCCACAAUCAAUGAGCAUAUUAGAGCUACAGAAGAGAUCCCUGUCGCGGCUCAUAGCUAUUUUAUUUACUUGUUGGUUUCUGAGAAGACGGAUCUGUUACCUGUGGGUUACCCAGUUAGAGGUUUCUAUGGUUGGUCAGACAAAGAGCUACCUCUCUGUGGUUUCCUGGGGUCUAGUACUAUUGAGCAGGCACUUGUGUAUGUAUAAUGCUGGAGGUCUGCGUGUACAAUGGGGGUCUUGUGCUCCUCAGAUCAUCUGUAUAACCUGCUCAGCACUGUUUAUUGCAGUUUAAUGUCUCCCCUCCUUCAAGGGUUUGUGAUCUAGGAGAAACUGCCCAUUCUCAUGAUUUAGAGGGACCAAAUGUUGCUUUUGGUUUCUUUUACGAGUGCCCGUUUUUCUCUCCUUCCAUGUUUGGAUCUAUCUUUAUAUGUUAUUUUUUAGCAAUUUGUUUUUAAAGUUAAACCUACAUUUUUACUUGUGUUGUCUUUUGCUAUUGUUGGUGAUGUAAACACAAUGCACUGGAGGUCUGGUAGUAAAAGCACUUGCACAUGAAACACCCACCAUACGUUUUAAUAUUGGCCAACGUUACACAUCUAAUUUUUUCAGCUCAUAAGUCACAGAAAAAAACAGACCUCUUAACCUUUUGGCUGCCAGAGAACUCUGAUAGUGAAGGGGAAUAACCAUUUUCCUAAUUUUAGAUAAAAAUAAAGUUUGUACACCUGCAAAUACCUAAAAUGGGGCCUAUUAACCCUUUAAUAAUUCAAGACAACGGGUUGUGGAGUAGAGUAAACAUAUUUAGAUAGCACCCUUUGUUCCUUCUUCAUGAUUUUAUUUUCUCCAUCUGCAUUUAUUUUGUGGUUGGGUUAUUAUCUUUGGUUAUUUCUGCCAGGACUCCCCCUGUGUGAUAACCAUCCACUUGAAGACUUUCUACAACAGGGUCAGGAGGGAAGUCAGGAAGUAACUGCUAGAAAAACAUCUAGAUAAAUGUGAAGGUCAAUUAUUUUCUGAUCUAUUUUUAAUUUAAACCAGAUGACUUUAAAGCUUUAUUGUAAUCUGUUUUACAGGCUUGAUGUGUCUGUUACUCUGUCAGCUGCACAGCCCGUUUCUUGUGAUCAUGCAGUACUCUCCGGGUCUUGGGUGUAUGUACAGAAUAUCAUUUUUAGAAGUCCCAGACGGUUCCUGUAAUGGCUCACAUUGAGCUGCUCUUGGGAUUUUCUGAUGUUUAUUAAACGGUUCCUUUUUUUUA